GCAGAUUAAUGCGUGUGAUAAUAUAUUUCAAACUGAUAAGAUAUUUUUGAUACACACACACCUAACAUACUUUCUCUCUAGUUCUUGAUUCUCUGGUUACACUAUCUACGCACUCUCUCUUAGGGUUUUGAGUUGAGAUAUUGUGUUCGUAGUUAGAUCUGUGUUUACAGAUCAUCGUGUUGAUGAUCUGUUCGUGAGUUGUUUAAUUUACAGGCUACAAUCUUCAAAUUCAGAGUUUUAUCUGCUUCAAAUUUCAUAGAGUGAAAAUGUCAGGCGUGAGAAGAAUCAAGCUGGGAUCACAAGGUCUAGAGGUUUCAGCCAUUGGUCUAGGAUGCAUGGGCAUGUCUGGAGCCUACGGUCCCCUCAAACCUGAAGAAGAGAUGAUCAAAGUCAUCCAUCACGCCGUUAACUCCGGCGUUACUCACCUUGAUACCUCUGACGUCUACGGUCCUCACACCAACGAAAUACUCAUCGGCAAGGCAUUGAAGGGAGUGAAGAGAGAGGAGGUUCAAGUGGCUACAAAAUUCGGGUUAAAGUUUGGGGAGGGUAGGGGUCAGAUGGAAAUCCAUGGUGAACCGGAGUACGUUAGAGCUUGUUGUGAAGCUAGCUUGAAGCGGCUUGAUGUUGAUUACAUUGAUCUUUAUUAUGUUCAUCGCAUCGAUAAAAAAGUCCCUAUUGAAAUCACAAUGGGAGAACUGAAGAAACUGGUUGAAGAGGGUAAAAUAAAACACAUUGGUUUAUCUGAGGCUGGUCCAGCAACUAUUAGAAGGGCACACGCUGUUCAUCCGAUAACAGCUGUACAACUGGAGUGGUCUUUGUGGACUAGAGAUGCAGAAGAUGAGGUUAUUCCUACCUGCAGGGAAUUAGGAAUUGGGAUUGUUCCUUUUGGUCCACUUGGUAGUGGGUUUUUUGCAUCGGGUCCAAAGGUGGUGGACAAUUUGGCGGAUAAAGACUAUCGAAAGAUGCUGCCAAGGCUACAAGGGGAGAACUUUGACCACAAUAAAGUUGUAUAUGAGCGAGUGAGUGAAAUGGCACAAAAAAAGGGUUGCACGCCGUCACAAUUGGCAUUGGCUUGGGUCCUGCACCAAGGGGAUGAUGUAGGUCCAAUCCCUGGUACCACCAAGAUCGAAAAUCUGAACCAGAACCUUGGAGCCCUUGCGGUUAAACUCACACCUCAAGACAUGGCUGAGCUUGAAUCUAUGGCUUCAUUCAAGGGCGCUAGAAUGCCUGACUUUAUUUUAGCUGACGGUUAUCAUAACUCUGAUACUCCACCCUUGUCCUCAUGGAAAGCCGAGUAAUUAAGAGCAUCGGCCUUUUGUAUUACACGUUUUGUUUGCUAUGAACCGAGUAAAGGCAUUCCCUUAAUAAUGUGUUUUUUUUUGUGUUUUCGCUAUGAUGAAAUUGGAAGUGUCUUGUGUGUGUAUCUUUUUUAUCGUGCUGAUAUUUGAGUUUCUUAUGAGUUAUGAGCA